GAGAGAGACGCAGUCAGCCAGGUGGAGUCAGGUGCUGUCUACAUUCUGGGCUGGGACAGUGCCAUAGUUCUAUACAGUAGUAGAGCAGUAGGGACUGUGUGGAGCUGGGCUGUAGUCUAGCCCCUGACUGACUGACUGGCACUCAACAGGAAUACCAGGCCUUGUUUAUCAACUGGAAAAUGAAUUAUACAUAACACUGAAGAGAGAAACUUGUCAGAGUGGAACUUUCUUUCCCCUCCCGUCUUGUUCAUUCACUCUCUAGUCUCUCUCCCAGUGGCUGGAGCUGGGGGCUGUGUGAGUUUGUACAGUAGUCUGGAAAGAGAGUGAGAGGAAGAGAGGGAGGGAGAGAGGAAAAGAGAGAGCAGGGGAGUGGACAGAGACCAGGGGAGACAUGCUACGCUACAGCUCACCAGGAUCGGUCAUCACCACAGAGGACAGUCCAGAGCAGCCCAGUGAGAGGAGGAUCCGGCGACUCAGACUAACUCUUCAUACUGGAGACAAUGGACAGAAUGAGACCAAGAAACCAAUCUCAGACACACGAGAGGAGAAGGUUGUCAAUGGAACAUGGAAGAAGAAGAACAGACUCAUCCAGAGAGAGAGGCCAGCUGGCAGUGAGUCACCUGUACAGCAGCUCAGAGCAGCGACCAAUGGGGAGCUAGAGACGUCGCUGCAGCGGCAGCACGGGCCCAAGGUGUACGGUGUGUUGCAGAGGACAGGCUCGGAUAGACAGCAGGAAGUGAUGGCGUGCGAGUGGUCUGUCAAUCACCUGAGGGAUGAGAUGAGGUACAUCAGGGAGGUGAGAGAUUCCCUGGAGAAGGUCAGAGAGCGGAUGUACAGCCAGUCUGGAGGAAUGCAACAGUCGAUGCAGAAACUAUCACAAGACAUCAGGACUGCCAACUCCCAGAGGAAGACUCUGGAGAAAGAGGUGAGGGUUCGGACUGCAGCCAUGGACAGCUUCGACCAGAUGAACAGCUCCCUUAUAUCUGCCAACAUUGACCUCCAGAAAUCUCUACUAGAGAGCUGUCACAAUCGUGUGGACUCCCGGGAUGAGAUGAAGAGUCUGAGAAGCUCCUUUCAGCAGGCCGAGGAGAGGCUGAAGGAGAGGGAGAGGCAGCUGGAACUUGCCCAGGCUGAGAACUGCACACUCAAACUGAAGGUGGAAUCGUCUCAGGAGGCCAACAGCCAUGCAGUGCAGGAGGUGACAGCGAGGCUACAGAGACAGUAUGAGGAGAGACUUCAGGAGGAGCAGAGGAAACACAGAGAGGAGAUAGAGAAGCUACAGGCCCAAAUUGACAAGUAUAUUAGGCGAUUAGAGGAGGCAGAGAAGAAUGCUAAGAUUGCGGAGGCCAAGAUCGCUGAAAGGGACCAGAGGAUCAGUGAGGUGGAGCGCCUGCUGGACUGUAUGGGACAGGAAAGGGGCCAUCUUCAGAAUAAACUGCAGGAAUGUGAACAGCGUCUACGCUCGAUGGAGGUGACAUACAAAACAGAUGCAACUGUAGCAAAGAGUUCUCAAAAGUUGGAAGAGGAGGCAGGGGAGCUCCGUGAGAGAAUCAAACACCUGAAUGACAUGGUGUUCUGUCAGCAGAGGAAGGUCAAAGGCAUGAUAGAGGAGGUUGAAUCAUUACGAGCUAAAUUGGCACAGAAGGACAUGUUCAUCUCAGAGCUUCUGGACAGAAUUGCUAUUGUGGAGUGUGAGAAUAAUGAGUUAGAAGACAAGCUGAAGUAUUUUAUGUCUGUACAGAGUGUGCCAAGGGAAGUUGUGCAAACCAGAGAGAUAGGAGUGGGCUGUGAUCUGCUCCCCAGACCUGAAAUACAGGGGUAUGAGGUUGAAACUAAUGUCCAACCUCCAGCAGCACAAUACCAACCCAGACCAACCCCAAUCCAUCCCUCUUCUAUAGAAUACCUAGGACAGUCUAGGACAUUCAGAUCAGGUCCACCGCCACCCAGCAGACUGGAGUCUAGUUUACUGAGGUACUCUCCUCCUGAGUACAGUAGGUAUCUGUCAACCAACUCCUCAAGAUCCUUUGGAACACUAACCAGUCCAACGCUGUCUUCGUCUGGCCCUCUAAGCCCUGAUCAGUCCAGUACAGAAGAGUCUUCCUCAGUUCCAAUCACAGAUACAGCCUCAAGUCCAGAGGUGGACAUUUCAUCCCCAUCCUGUUCUCAAGCAAGAUCAAGCCCAUCCAAAAUCAACACACCUUUCAUGAAACUUAUGGAGAUAACAGCAAAGAUUAACAGUGAGCUAACAAUGUUCUCGUCAUCGUGGGCAGCUCCAUCAGAACGCCAGGGGCAGGUGGGGGAUCUUAAAACCAAGAGCAAAGAAGAACUUGCUGAAUUACUGUCACGCCAAGAUACAUUAUUAUCUAACAAGAGGUUCAUACAGACCCUUCCAGACAAAGGGAAGAAGAUUUCAGACUUUGCAGAGAGAUUAUGCCUUGCUCUUGCCCACAAUGAAGAAGAGGAGAGGAAGCAAUGUAUGCUGUCAUCUGUCAGGACAGAGCUGCAGUUUAAAUACCAGCAGGCUUUGACACAAAGACAACGUGGUAGCCAGAAUAAACCAGGAACGUCCCAACAUAGGAGACAAGCUGGGGACACAGCUCCUGGAAAUGUCCAAGAAUUGGACGUCUCACCUCUGUCACCUAAUGUUCAGGAGAGAAAAACAGUUGACACGCUGCAAGAAGACAGUGUGUCCAAAGUAUCUGCUGCUGAAACCAUGGAGAUGGCCCAGGCUGGUGGUGAUGCAGGGGCCUCUCUAGACUCUGACAGGACAAAAGAGAGCGACCUAGCGGAGGCCUUGCAGAGGGUCACUCUGUCUGACCACUCAACUGGCUCAAGUGGAUCCCCUAAAGACACAUUCAACAGACCUGCUACUGGCAACCCCUUCCUUGGAAGGCAGCCACAGAAGAAACCACACUACAUAGAAGUCCUGGAGAGGACUGAGAAGGACCCAGCUAUGAGGAGACAGAAGUAUAAGCCUAAUCAGUUUGCCCACAACACAGAUGGCUCCCCGUCAGGGUCUCUGUCACCCAGCCAAUCUCCUGGAGGCUUAUUACCAUCACCGGUGCUCUCCGUUGAGGCCAGGAGGGAGCGAGACAGGAAGCACAUUGACGACAUCACUGCUGCCAGGCUCCCACUGCUCCACUACAACCCUGCCCAGCUGCUGACACUGGAGCAGUCAGCUGACCUGCUACUCGAACAGACCAGGAAACACCAGGAGUUGCAGGCCAAGCUGGCAGCCCAGAAGCUGUCUGAGGGGCUGAGGUUCAGCACAGGGAGCUAUGUUGUGGAAGGGGGCCCGCUGGGCGCCUACAGGGAGGUUCAUGACGACGGAGCCCAGCUCUCCUCAGAGGAAGACUAAUCCAGGGGGCCGCAGCAAGGAAACUCUGGUGACCCCUGACCUCUGAGACAACAGUCUCUGUGCCCUGCAUCAGGGCCUAUGGAAGGAGGGGAUUGGCAAUUCAAAGGCGAGAGGCCUGCCUGAGGAGAUGGGAAGGGUCAUGGGCAUCGGGUGGUUGUGAAGGCACAGUGGGUGUCCCUGUCUUGUCUAUCCAGGGAAGUGAAUUGUGUGGGUCUUGGUUCACCAUCAGUGAUUCACUGAGUUGUCACCCAGUCAGCAUCCUGUCCAGUUUAUCAGAGCUGCCACAGAACCUUAGGCCUCCCGUUGGGUGAUGUGUUAGCCUCUUGCAGGGAGCAUUAGGUAUGCUAUCUCACCAUGUUGUCAGAGAGUAAAAAAUCAGUUGUGUGAUGAGGCUGCGAUGUUGUUGCAUUUCCAAAAGACUGCAAAGUAUUGACCAUAUGCAUGUGAGAAAUAUAAAGGAAAUAUUUUUUGUAUGAUCUUUUUCUACAGUGUUUCUUAUUGAAAAUAAAACUCUGUUCUUACCA